CCUCGGGUCCACCCUUUCAACGGAUAAAAACCCUCUCUGGACUCAUCUUCUUCCUCUCGCUACUGAAUCUUAACCCGACCCGAAUUCCGACUGCAAUUUCCCCAAAAUCCUUGUCUUCUUUUCCGGAAUGGCCCCUUCAAAUCCCGAAACCUGGACCCACGAACCCUCAAUUAUCAAGGAGAGCGAACUUCGAGAGAUGGCCGCGCUCCUGGGCAAAGGUUUCCGGGUCCGCCAUCCCGAUGCCGUUGGGGGAAUCAGUUUGUCCCACAACCCGAAUCCCCAAAAAUAUAUGGUCAUGCAUUACCACUCCGUGGAGAAUGGAUUUAGGUUGCCCCUCCACGGCCUGCUCCGCGACCUCUGCCUCCAUUUCGGAUUUGCUCCGGGUCAAUUGACCGCCAACGCGCACAAGUACGUCGCAUCCUUCAUCUUGCGAUGCUGUGCCCUGGACAAAACCUCGAAACUUGACGAAUUCCUUCUCCUCUUCAGUAUCGGUGGUUUCCCCUUUUACAGCCUAUACCCCCAUAACCAUUUUCCCAUUUUUGAGAAGGUUGAGCUCAAGAUCGACAGAUGGUCACUGAAAUACUUCGUUAUUGAGUUCCCGGCUCACAGCCCCAUCGAUCUGCCGGGUGUUGUCCUCCGCCAUUCCAUCUCCCGGACGAGAUUCGCCACAGCAGACUUGGCGGAGGGAGUGUAUAAUGCCUUGAAGGAGAAGGAGGGUUUAAUUUCCCACCACUCUCUCCAAGAUGCUCAACUGUACAAGAAGGCAGGUUUUUACUACCCCCUGGGUCCUGACCCGAUUCCCUUUGAGGGGGUGUCUUCCCCUGAGAGAUCGAAGGCUUCUCCUGUUGCAGAGUCUUCCUCAGCCAUGAGCUCUCCCAGGAAUCAAUCCCCAGGCAACUUCACUGCCUUGGUUAUCCGCAAUCCGACCUCCGCCUUGGAGGCCAUUCCCAUCUCAGCCAUUCCCGGGCUAAGGAGGCCAAUUCCGUCCCAGAAGCGGCGACGGGAGGGAGUCACUGACGAUGAUUUCCUUCCCAAGAAAAAUAAGGGCGAUAAUACGCCUGUUUCACCCAGCCCCCUGUCAACCUCUUCUGGUCCUCAGAACGUUUCUUCUACUGCCACUCCCGGAAGUUUAGGGCUGGAGUUACCCAACCCGGAAAGUCUGGAUCAUGAGGCAGAUGAACUUCCAGGCCAGGCGUCGCUUACAAGACCAGCAGUGCAACCUCAGCUUGAUACAAACGAUUCCCUCCCUCAAACUGCAUCCGCCCCCCUAGAACUAGAGGAAGAAGCUGAGGGUCAGCAGGAACCAGAGUCUUCUUCUGCAGUGGAGAAGGAAGUUGAAGUGCAGACAGAAACGGAAAUCCCCUCCCCAAAGGAGGAUGAGGUUGGAGAGCAGAGGGACGUUGAAGCUCCUUUAGAGAUGGAGAGAGAGACUGAGAAUCGACCGGAGCCGAAGGGACAAUGUUCUACGGCCACACUCCCAGCCCCCAAUAUCCCCAUCCGGCGCUUCUUCGCCAUGGCAAGCAAGUCUGAGGGCAAAGUCAUCAUCGACCUAACCCACUCCGGGACAUCUUCUUCUUCAGAUGAUGACUUCUCCACCUCCCCAGCCCAAUCCAACGACAUGGCCGGGUUGAGUCCCGGCGAGUUCUCGAGGCUUUAUCCGGCGCCCCGCCUUCCUGCACCAUCUCCUCCCAGUCCACCCAGGCUUCCCUCCGGGGAGAUAGACUGGGACUCCAUGACUCUCCAGGACUUCGCCUUGUACUAGAGGAUGUGUAGGACUAAGCUUGGACGUUCUUUGCUAACUGUUGAAGCGGAACCUUCAUGUGAAAGCCGGACUGCUUCUCCAAACCUGCUGAAGCCCCCCAACAAUGGUUCUUCAUUGAAGGGAGCAGCCCCUCGCCCUGGGACAUGGGAAGAUUAUGAUAUAUGGGAAACCGCCGAUUCAUCAACGUGUCCCUCGUCAAAGAGAAGGAGCCCAUGGAAGGGUCCCCCACCUCCUUCUUGAUGACUGCAUGGAUGCAAUAGGCCCUCCUUCAGUUCCUAGCCUCCUGCAAAUCAAAUUUCUUUUCCUUG